AUGAAAGACGGCGGGGCCAGGAAGGCCGAGGCAGAGACCGGCUCAUCACCAAAGGAUAAGAAGUUGAAGCAGGACGGCAAGGCGCAGGCGGAGGAGGAGGAGAAGGUGGAGAUGGAGAGUGAAGAGGCGGAUGAGGAGCUUGACAUGAAGAGCAUGAUGAAGAGGAUGAUGAGCAUGAUGAAGCAGAUGCAGAGCAACAUGUGUAAAUCGAAGGAGGAUACCGAGGAGAUCAAGACGAUUGCAAACCAGGCGAAGGUGACGGCCAGCAUGGUAGAGCAAACCGUGGAGAUCGUCAGGGGGGAGGUCAACCAAAUCCGGGAGUCCGCAGUAAGCAAAGAAGAUCUCCCAAAGAUGGUCCAAGAAAUCGUACAAUCGGAAGGGCUGACCACAGGCAGUAGCAUGAAGGAGGGGAUAGGGAAGACGGAGAAGCCAGGAGCGGUUCGAUUCAAGACGGAAGAGGCGAUGUGGAAAUAUUUUGCGGACAGCUGGGGCAAGUUGCAGCACGAGGUGAUGGGGGAGACCAUUUAUGCAAAUCCAGAUUCGCUACACGAUUCGAAUCCACGCAAGACUAAAACCGUCCGCAAGGUCGUGCGCACGAUCAUCGAAAGCAAUCCCGGGAAUGGCGAUGAUAUCAAGAAGAGCAUUGACACUGAUUACGGGAGGGGGAUUGUAUGGUGGAACGACAGACGGGUUGCGGAGUGGAAGGAGAACGAGGGGGAGGGCAAGAUGAAGUUACUUGGGGCAGCAGAGCAGUGCCAGGAAACUAUCGGCACGUUUGUGGAGACCUUCCCGUGGCAGCGCUGCGCGGCCAGCGAGGAACUUGAAGACCGCCGCAAUUCGAUUUCAGAGCUGAUCGUGAGAAGACGGACGCUACCUGCCGGCAGUGGCGCCGACAGAGCCGGGAUCAGCAAGGCGAUCCAGAAGUUACUUAAGAAAGAGAAGAAGCUGCAGGCCACCGAGCGCAUCGCGACCAUUUUGGACACGUUCACCGGUCUCGACAAGAUACCGAAGUUGAAGUCGCCGGUCAAGAAGCGGUUGACCCAAGCGUGCUGGAUGGAAGCACGGCCGUGA